GUAACAGCUUUAUUAAAUAAACUGUAUUCGUAAGUAGACGUUAGAACUACGUUCGAGGAACACCCUGCAACAGUUUGUCCUGUAGGACGUAUGAAAUGUGUGCGCAUGUGUAACUGCCUUCAUGAAUAGCUCGUUCGUGUUUAUAAUGUGGACUUCCGUAAGAUAUUUCGGGCUUAUCCUUUCGUCGGUAUCGCUUUUGAGCGCGAUGCUGGAGGACGCUCCAAACGAAAUGGCAGAAAUCUUGGGCCUACCUUGGCAUGGUUGGUAUCAAGCUGGGAAAGGAUCAAAUAAGGAGUCCUGUCUCCUUACUGAGCUCGGACCUGGCUACGCUGAACUUUUCGAAAAGGCCAAAAAAAACUUUAAGACUUUCAACGAGAUCAAUCGAAGUGAAGCGAAUAUACGAGAAGAUGUACUCGAAGAAAGUGACAUGACACUGUCGGAUGUUUUUCAGGAGCAGCUUGUUGCUCGUCGAGGGUUUGGCCUCGAAGUACACAACCUAUCGGUAGGGAACGGUUGGACCGUGUCCGUACAUCGCAUCAUUUCUCGGCCUAGUGUCACGGUCGCCGCUGCUUCCGGACAGGAAAACGGAUUAACGCAUCUUCAUAAGGAGAGUAAAACUCCCGUCCUCAUACCGAGCUUCCUUCUUGGAAGUUCAGGCUUCUGGCUCACAGCUGCACGAAAUACCUCUCUUGCGUACAUAUUGCAAGAUGGCGGCUUUGAUGUAUGGCUUGGCAAUUAUCGAGGCAACUCGCUCUAUGCUCAUCAUGAACAAACCGAUUUCUCAAAAGAUGCUGAGUCUCCCUGGGCGUUCACAGUCAACGAUCACGCUCUGUACGACACUCCUGCACAGAUCGACUAUAUUCUUAGUGUGACAAACCAACCUAAGUUGCAUCUUGUCGGCAUGUCGCAAGGUUCAAUUUCAAGUAUACAGAUGUUCUCUUUACGACCGAGUUAUAAUGACAAGGUGAUAUCGUUUGCAUCGUUGGCUGGAGCGCGUACGUUAGCGUCGGCUGAUAAAAUUCAGUUUAUUAAGUAUGUAGUGUGCCUGAUCUCCCGACAUAUGAAACCAAGCGAAUUUCUUCCAUGGAAUGAGAACAUUGCCAGUUUGGUCCAGGGCGCUGAAAAGGAAUCAUUUGAUCUCUUUCGAGACCUCAUUGGAAUGACUUCCGAGUACACAGAUCUGAAAAAGCUGCCCCUUUGGGUGAAAUAUUUGCCUGGGGGCACUUCGACUUGGGUGCUUCGUUACUACUAUGAUCUUUGGGACUCCAACAAAAUGAUUGCGAAUAGUUCCUCUGAGACGGAAUUCGUUCGAAGCUUUGAUUAUGGUCCCAGAGGAAAUUUACGCAGAUUCAAUACAGAAUCGCCAGUCUGGAUGGAUAUCCGAAACCUCCGUGUCCCCACGAAAGUCUAUUUUUCAACUGGAGAUCUCUACUCUACGGCAGAGGAAAACUGGAAACUCGUGAGGAGUCUGCCUGCAAAUACGACGGAGUAUCUUUUCAUUGAUGAUAUAAAUUACUCCCAUCACAAUUUUGCUAUAAAUGAUAAGGAUCCCAGCUUGUUUUAUGACGUCCUCAGUUUUCUAAGAAAAGCCGAAGCAAACCCGACCUGAGCUAUAAUAAAAAAAAAAUCGAAAGAAACCCAUAAUUUUACUAAUCUGUUAUAUACUAAAUUGAUUCAAAGCAUCCAAAAUAAA